AUCUGGUUUUCUUGAUGUUGUGCCGUCCUGGCAGUCCCCAUCUUCCUUCCCCUGGAACCACAUGAAAUUUGUAGUUCAAAACACAGAAAAAGCAAAGUUUUCCUUGUAUAAAUAACUCUCUGAAACUUUUUAAUCUCAGUUACUGUCCUAGGUUUCAAGCAUGGCUGAUAUCCAAGGCUAUAUCAUACUUUUCCUAUUAUGGCUACUCUCCACCAUUUUGGUCAGAGCAGUACUAAACAAGACUCGAGCCAAACCUCGCCUUCCACCGAGCCCAUUGGCCUUACCAAUCAUUGGACACCUCCAUCUCCUUGCCCCAUUACCUCACCAAGCUCUUCAUAAGCUCUCAACCCGGUAUGGACCAUUGAUUCAUUUAUUCCUUGGUUCUGUCCCUUGUGUUGUUGCUUCUACACCCGAGACUGCGAAAGAGUUCCUCAAAACUCAUGAAAAUUCUUUCUGCGAUCGUCCUAAGUCAGCCGCAGUCGAUUUUCUAACAUAUGGAUCAGCUGAUUUCUCAUUUGCCCCUUAUGGACCUUAUUGGAAAUUCAUGAAGAAAAUUUGUAUGGCUGAACUUCUUGGAGGUCGAAUGUUAGACCAGCUUCUUCCGGUUAGGCAUGAAGAGAUUAGGCAGUUUUUACAGUUCUUGCUAAAGAAAGCAAAUGCAAGAGAGUCAAUUGAUGUUGGAAGUCAACUUAUAAGGCUAACUAAUAAUGUUAUAUCGAGAAUGGCAAUGAGCCAAAGGUGUUCAGAUAAUGAUGAUGAAGCAGAUGAGGUCAGGAAUUUGGUGCAUGAGGUAGCUGAGCUUACAGGGAAGUUUAAUCUGUCAGAUUUUAUUUGGUUUUGCAAGAACUUGGAUUUGCAGGGAUUUGGAAAAAGGCUGAAGGAAGUCCGCAAAAGGUUUGACACGAUGAUGGAAAGGAUCAUAAAGGAGCAUGAAGAGGUGAGGAAGAUAAAGAAAGAAACUGGUGAAGGUGACUCAGAGAAGGAUUUACUUGAUAUUUUACUUGAUUUAUCAGAAGAUAGCUCAGAAAUGAAAUUGACCAGAGAAAAUAUCAAGGCGUUCAUCCUGGACGUAUUCGUGGCGGGGACAGACACCUCUGCUGUUACCAUGGAAUGGGCACUAGCAGAGCUCAUCAAUAACCCAAACAUCUUGGAGAGAGCAAGAGAAGAGAUAGAUUCUGUUGUAGGACAAAGCAGACUAGUACAAGAAUCAGACAUUGCUAACCUGCCCUACGUUCAAGCUAUACUAAAGGAAACACUGAGGCUUCACCCCCCUGGUCCAAUAAUUCUGAGAGAAUCAAGUGAAAGCUGCACCAUCAAUGGCUAUGAAAUUCCAGCAAGAACCAGGCUAUUCGUUAACGUGUGGGCUAUUAAUAGAGACCCAAACUACUGGGAGAACCCACUUGAGUUCCAACCGGAAAGGUUUCUUUGCGCAGAAGAAAAUGGAAGGAAUCAGCUGGAUGUGAGGGGUCAGCAUUUUCACUUUCUUCCUUUUGGAAGUGGAAGAAGAGGGUGCCCCGGAACUACACUGGCACUUCAAAUGGUUCAAACAGGCCUUGCUGCCAUGAUUCAAUGCUUCGAUUGGAAAGUUAAUGGCACUGUUGACAUGCAAGAAGGAACUGGUAUAACACUUCCAAGGGCCCAUCCCUUAAUUUGUGUCCCAGUGGCAAGGUUCAAUCCAUUUCCAUCGUUCUGAUCAUUUGCCAUGGAUAACAGGCUUGAAUACAUGGCAUAAGAGGACAGCUAUAAAGUGAGUCGAGCCAGCAACAUUCAGACUUAUGAAGGGGAUUCUCAAAUCUAAUGUAAUUGCAGUGAUCGGACACACACUGAAAAUCAAAAUUAGGACCAAA